GAAUUAUCAAAGAAAGAGAAAAAUAUUUCAAAAUUGUUAAUUAAAGUGUAUUUUAAUAGGAAAUAGAUAGUCUUAGGAGUUGAAAAGUAUGGAGGCAGUUAAGAGACUACCCAUGGUAUGUUUUGACAUCAAAAAUAGCCCAGAAUCGACAUCAUUUCACAACUUAAAACAGUGUAUUGCUGAAUAUUAUGGUGAAGAUCCAGAAUCUUAUACAAAGGAAUUUAGGGAACUAGAAGAAUUACGUGGAUUGGCAUGCAGACCAAGAGUUGAUAUUGAUUGCUGUAAUACGAUAAAACGUUAUUAUUCACAACUGCAUAGCCUUCAGAAUCGCUUUCCAUUAUCGUCUGAAACAGAAUUAUUAAAUUUUGCAUGGAAAGACAUUUAUUCUGGAUCUAUAUGGCAUACGAGCAAUAUAAGGUACGAAAUGGCAUCGACAUUGUACAAUGUUGCGGCUUUGCAUUCUAAAUUGGGCAUAGAAGAAGAAAGAGUUGAUCCAGAAAGUAUGAAAUUAGCAUGUACUCACUUCCAAUGUGCUGCUUGGGCUUUUGGUGAAAUUAAGAAUCAGUAUGGAUUACUUUUGAGAAGUGAUUUGUCUGCUGAAUUGAUGAUCUUUAUGCAACAAAUAUGUUUUGCACAAGCACAAGAAUGUAUUCUUGAAAAGAGCUUAGCUGAUAAUAGAAAAGCCGGAAUAAUUGCAAAAGUUACUGCUCAAGUAAUAAGUUUCUAUAAUGCUGCAAUGUCUGCCUUGUUCAGUCAGAAUGAAGAUGGGACAAUUCAAGAAUUGAUUGGAAAUAAGUUGUAUAAGGAAUGGAUAAAAUAUAUAAAAUUCAAAACCUCAUAUUUGAGCAGUAUUUUGUUUCUUUAUCAAGGACAACAUAGUGAGGAACAAAGAAAAAUGGGAGAACGUCUGGCAUUGUAUAAUGCAGCAUGUGGUCGAUUAGAAGAAGCUAAAAAGGAAACAAAAGGAAUGAACAAGAUAGAAAUUAUUAAUGAAGCAUUAGUUUUAGCGACGGAUAUAAUAGAAGGUAAGCGUAAGAACGCAAAACAAGAAAAUGAAUUUAUUUAUCAUGAGGUCAUUCCUGAUAUAAGCACAAUAUCAGCUGUACAAGGUGCAAAUCUUGUUCAAGGAAUUUCAUUUGAUGUAACUGAUCCACAAAUUAUUGGUGAAGAUAUUUUCAAGCGUCUAGUUCCAAUGAAGGCACACGAGAAUCUCUCAUUAUAUAGCGAGGAAAAGGCACAGAUUUUGAGACGUUUGAGUGCUAAAAUUGAUGAACGAGAUGCUGAACUGUCAUCUUUUAUGGGUUCUUUAAAUAUCGAUUUAUUAAAUUCAAUGAAACAGUCACAAAUAAAACUCCCACAAAAUUUGGUCGAUCGCUGUGCUGAACUAAAUGCAAAGCCGAAUGCAAUUUCUGAUUUGAUUGAAUCAAUGUCGAAUCUUGGAAAUAUUUGUGCGGAAGUUGAAAUUUCAUUAAAUGAAAUAAAACAGAUUUUGGAUGAAGAAGGUAAACAGGAACAAAAUUUCCAGAAACAAAUUGGGAAACGUCCAUCAGUUCACAUGAGUGAAUUAACUCGUGAAUUUACAAAAUAUUUAGAUGCUCACAGUAAAGCUGGUGAAAGUAACGAUACUUUAAGAAAAGCAAUGGAACUACACGUUAGUAAUUUAAAGAUUCUAGCACAGCCAUUAUCAUCUUUAAAGUCUCAAGUUCCACAAAGUGAUGUAAUUGACGAAGAAGUUCGUAAAGAACUUGAAGUGCUUUUGAAUAAAGUUGAAGAAAUGAAGGUACAACGUGAUGAAAUUUAUAAUGAAUUAAGGGAUCAAAUUUUAAACAAGGAUGACAUUACGUCACAACUUAUUGCUCAUGGUGAUAAAGACGUUGAAGAAUUGUUUAAGAAGGAACUGAAAAAGUAUUCACAAAGUGUCAAUAUAAUUGAACAGAACUUAAUUGCACAAGGAAACAUCUUGAAAGCGUUAACUGAUACUUAUGCAAAGCAUGCAAUGAGUCUUAAAGCUUUUAAUGAUGCAAAAUCGAAGCGUGAACAAUUUUAUUCAAGUUUAAUCAAUUCCUUUGACGUUUAUGAAGAUUUAUUGUCGAAAAGUUCAAAAGGUUUAGACUUUUAUAAGAAGCUUUAUGGUAACAUACAAAAAUUAAUGUCACGUGUAAAAGCAGCACGUGAUGUUCAAGAGGAAGAAAGGCAACAGCUCUUGAAAAAAACUUUACCAAAAGCUCAGCAAAUUGAUAAGCCUGAUAAUGCUAUGAAAUUAUAUCCAGAUAAUAGUAAUGUUGUACCACAAAUGAAUACGCAAAUUCCACAAUCAACAACUACAGGAAUGAAAUUAAAAGACUAUAUUAAAAGUGGUUUGGUUCCAAAUAUUGGAAAUAUACGAGAUGAAACGAAAAUUCCAGCAAUUCGACCGAAUCCUUUAGGUGAAGAAAACAUUUCAUCAACAAAUAUCACAGCAUGUUCAACAGCUAAUUAUCCUACGGCUGCAUCUUAUAACUCUCAGCAAUACUAUCAGCAGCAAAUGUAUCCAAAUCAACAAUAUUAUCAGCCACAAAUGCAGAAUAGUUCACAGAUAAUGAAUCAAGGAGGCAAUAAAAUAAUUUCAUCAGCACCAACAUCCAAUUAUUCAUCAACAACAACGACGGGAUAUGUUAAUCCAAUGUACCAAAAUAAUCAAAUGUACGACAUGAAUACAUACAAUCAGAAUUACAGUUCUUAUCAAGCUCAAUAUCAGCAGCCUGUUAAUCAAAAACCCAUUUCUACGUCCUUUCCUAGCACUCCAACAUCAAGUCAACAAAAUAAUUUUACUGGAUAUUAUAAUAAUCAACAAGUUUCACAAAAUUCAGUAAUGCCUAAUCAAAAUACAAGUCAACAAAAUGUAUCUCAAAAUCAGACAAUAAAUCCUGUCGUGCAAUCUUCAAAUAAUCAAAAUGUAUCUACUCCUUAUUCAGCCAGUUCUCAAUAUUAUCAACAACAGCCAACUAAUGGAGAUUUCAUUCAGAAUAUUUAUAAAAGUCAUUUACAAUAUCCAACUGCUCAGAGUCCAAUUCAAAACUAUCCAACAACUUCAACGCCAUCCUCAACUGGAUAUAUUAAUAAUUCUGUUCAAAAUCCAGCAUUUCAAGCAUCAUCACAGUCAUCAACUCAAACACAAAAUCCACAGCAACAGUAUAGUAAUUUAUCUGGCAACUAUCAACCUCAAACUUCUCAGCAAUCUGUUCAAAAUUAUCAGUAUAAUCAAUAUGGACAAAUAGAAACAUCACAAAAUUAUCCGUACUCGAGUCCAACAAGCAUGGCUAAUAUUAGUCAAGGAACUCAGUCUAAUCCUCAAUCUCAAGUGACACAGUCAUCGAUGUAUUAUCAAAAUAAUAAUAUUCAAAAUUCAGUGACACCACAGUCGAUAAAUUCAUCAGUUUCUAUACAAAAUCAAUCAGUUCCUUCAUCUGAGCAACAAAAUACUAUGAGCAUGGGAAAUGCCCAGCCACAAGUUACUCAAUCUAACAUGUAUUAUCAAAAUAUGCCGGGAAUGAUCAUAUUUCAUACCAUGAGUCAAUCAAAUUCACUUCAAAAUAUGCAGGCACAACCAAAUGCUUACAACUAUGCAAAUAAUGCGCAAACAACGCAAGUUCCUGCUCAACAAAAUACCCAAUUUCCGACUCAAAACAUUCAAGAUGCUUCUCAGAAUAUUCAAGCUGCUUCUCAGAAUAUUCAUACUGCACCUCAGAAUAAUCAAGCUGCUCCAGUUCAAACAACGGCUCUAGUAGCACCAAAUCCAGCUAUAAAGUCUAAUAAUAUUGAUCUGCUAUCGGACAUUGAUUUUUCGAUUCCUUCGUCUACAAUCAACAACAUUCCAUUACUGACACCAAUAACACCGAAAAAAGACGAGACAAAGGAAGUAAAGGAAUCACCGAAAAAAGUAGCAGAACUCCCAAAUCCAAUAAAUCAAAGUCAAGUUAAAUUAAAUGACGAUUUAGCUGAUCUCGAUUUUAGUUCCUUAACAAUGACAAUGAUUUCGCCACAAAUUAUACAGCCAAAAGUCGAAGAACUGAAGAAAUUUGAGGAUCCAUUUGACGAUGUGAAUGUGCUGAAACAAUUUCAUAAGGAAGUUGAGAGCUUAGAGAAAUAUAUGGAGACAUUGACUGUAAAGACUUUAAAUGGUAUAACUCCAUUGGCAAAUAAAUGGAAGGAACUACAAGAUCUCUUAGUUAAGGAUGAGUCAUCAAGAAGUAUUUCAAUUGCUAAACUAUUUCCUGAUAAGAACAGAUAUGCUGACUUUUUACCAUACGAUCAUGGACGAGUUUUAUUGCCUACAUCUACAGAUAAUUACAUUAACGCAGCUAUGGUAAGAAAUUGCGGACCUGUCUCAUUUAUCAUGGCUCAAAUUCCAAUGGAAAAUACAAUGAACGAUUAUUGGGAAAUGAUUUGGUCUCAAAAGUCAAAUGUAUUAGUUUGCCUUUAUUCUAGUUCCGAGCUACUCGAUCCGUUUUGGCCACAAAAUAUAAAUGACGAAAAAUCAUAUGGGGAAGUUAUUGUCACUUUGAUAAAGCAGUUUGAGCUGUCACAUUGCUUUGAAAAGCAGCUUAAGGUAACAAAGCAUGGAUCUGAUAAAGCGAUGGAAAUUUCAUUGAUUCAAGUUAAGAAUUGGAAGAAGAAGUCUGCUGAUCACAUUUUGGAUGUUUCAAACAAUGUCAUCACAUCAUUUAAGCAAAAUAAUCCAGGCAGUAAGCAAUAUCCUCCGAUUGUUCUUAAUUGCAUUAGUGGUGGCUCUGAUAGAUCUGGUUUGAUGACUCUUGCAAUAAGUGCGAUUUUUGCAACGCAAAUGAAAAAGCCAACUUUAUUAAAUGUAGUCGAUCAUUGGUUCCGAGUAUGUUCUCAAAGAAAAGGCGUUCUGGAUGAUGAAAGUUACUUACAAUUGUCUCUACAACUUGUGCUGAACAAUUCCCAUAGAAUUCUGAACAAGCGUGGGAUAAUGACGUCAUAUCAAGUUAAGAAUGCUGAAAAGCUGAGCUCACCGACUGAAACUGAGAAAACAGUUAGAGACUCGCUUCAAGAGCUGGAUCCUUUUUGGAAGUUUAAGUAAAUUUUAAUUCCUUUUAUGCUUUUAACAAUGCCUUAUGUGAACGAAAGAAGAUUUAUAAAUUAUUUAUGUUAUCGUCAGUAAUAUGAUUUAAUUUUAUUCAAAAAAUAUAUACAUAAUAGCAUAUAUUCGCUUUUAUUCUUUUAACAACAUUUUAUGAUAUCAAUUAAUGUACUAUGACAUUUUCUAUUCAUUGUUAUUUUUCGGAAGUGGUUGAUUUGGAUUGUCCAAUGAAUGUAUGAGAGAAUGGACGAAUGAAAAGAAGAAUAAUAAAUUAUCAUGUUGUCCAUUAUAUGGUGUAGUUAAUUCAUUUUGUUGUGUAUCAUGUGAUAUGAUUUUAUCUUCAGGUAUCCAGUCAGUAUUAAGAAGUUGAAAGUCUUUUAAGCAUUUGUCAUAGUAACUUUUAGAGAUGCCCCAAGCAUUUACGUGGAAUUCUAAUGUAAAUUGAUGAAUUGCCUCGAUUGUAGAAAGGAACCAGUUUGGGGCACCUUUUUGUUUUCUCCAAAAUUUAGUGAUUCUGUUCUGUAUAAUCACUGUACUCAAUGCCUGAAUUCUUUGAUCUUGAUAAAUUCCUCUACAUUGUUUCCAUGUGCUGUCUAUAAAAACUACCUUUUUGAAUGGCAAAUUAUCUAACGUAUAGACUUCCUCUGACUUAUUGCUAUUCAAAAAAACUUCUUGCUGCUUCUCUUCGUCCACAAUCUCCUUAAGAUUUUUA